UUGACAGCUCAAUUUAGGCGCAAUUUUCCGACCAACGACGAUCAUCAAGACGCUCGAAAUUAGUGCAAAAUACAAACAAUCCGGUUUAUCCGAUUUUACCGGUGAAAAGCCAGUGGAAAAUAAAGGAAAUAGACGCCCAACAAUGUCGGCCUCCAGCGGCAAGGUUGUGAUCCCGGUGGAAUCGCCCGCAGAGCAGGAGGUAGAGCAUCUCAAAAACGCACGGAAGCUGCUGAAGGAUGUCCAGAACACCCCAGCGAUGAACAAGGAAAACGUCGGUAAGCUGAACAAGCUUCCCAUGUACCUAUCGCAGUCCCACAAGGAGCUGGCCAAGAAAUCGCUCUUCUCAGACGCAUUGGAGGCAAUCGAGCUCAAGCGGAAAAAGACGACGACGGUUCAGUCGCAAUCGAGCCAGACGUCGCCGGAGAAGAAACCCGCCACAGUGACCAAACCCACGAUUACCGCUGAGGAUCUCACUUCGGCCGAGGGUCCCAGUGAACUGUACUGGGAGGUGCUGGCGGAAAGACGACGGCUCGCUCUAGAGGAAUCUUUGACGGAGAAUCAGGAACUGUGCGAGAAAGUUGCCGCCCUGGAAGAAGAGCUGAAUCUCUCCAAGGAGAUGCUCCAGGAGGCUCGCAAUCUGGUGGAGGUGCUGACGGAGCUUCUGCAAGAGGGCGAAGCGGAAAAGGGUGAAACGAGCGGAGUGGGGCAGGUAGAUGAUAGCGGGGUGCCUCCGGAGCCGGAGCUGCCCAGCGACGACGAAGAGCUGUAAGUUGACAAAACCAGGGUUCCGAUAAUCUUUGGUUCCACUGUAGAUAGAUAAAA